ACCCUGUGAUCUGUCACUUUUAUAUACACACAGGGGAGGGGACCGUUUCCAUAGAGAGGGAAUAUCACAGCCCACUUAGGAGCAAUACCGGAGAAGCAGGAGCCGAGACCCCGGAGCAGCCAGAAGUUCAGGGGGAUGUACAAGGGGCCGUCCUCCUGGCCCUGAAGCUGCGCCGGCCUCCCUGAGCGUUUCCCUGCAGAGGGAAGUCCACUCUCAGGGAGAGAUGCCGAGGCCGGUCCACUUCCUGCUGCUCCUGCUGCUGCUCCUGGGGGGCCCCAGGACAGGCCUCCUGCACAAGUUCUACAAAGCCAAGCCCAUCUUCAGCUGCCUCAACGCCGCCCUGUCUGAGGCUGAGAAGGGCCAGGGGGAGGAUACGUCCCUGCUGAGCAAGAGGAGCUUCCACCACCCGCCCGGCGGAGACGCCUCCUCGGGAGAGAAGGACGAGGGCAAAGAGAAAAGGACUUUCCCCGUCUCUGGGGCCAGGGGUGGAGCUGGAGGCACCCGGUACAAAUACGUGUCCCAAGCACAGCCCAGGGGAAAGCCACGCCAGGACACAGCCAAGAGUCCCCAGCGCACCAAGUUCACCCUGUCCCUCGACGUCCCCACCAACAUCAUGAACCUGCUCUUCAACAUCGCCAAGGCCAAGAACCUGCGCGCCCAGGCGGCCGCCAACGCCCAUCUGAUGGCGCAGAUUGGGAGGAAGAAGUAGAGGCAGAGACCGGACUGGAGAGCAGCCCUGCAGGACAGAGGGCGAGAUCCUGGCUCUCUCCUCCUCUGUCUGUACCCACGGAAGUGCGCUAUUGUCCAACCUUCCCAGACACAAGGCGGCUCAUGUUCCUCCCUGUAUGCAGCGUCUCCUUCCUCCCUCCCUACAGCAAGAGGCAAAGUUCAUGCAUUCCUCCUCUCCAGUCUUCUCCCUGUUGACCCCAUGCCUGAGAAGAGAGCGUUCAGGGCUCCUCUCCCACACAUCAACCCCUGCCAGGGCAGAAAGAGGAGCCACAAGACUCGCCUUCCUGCCACCGAAUCCUUCCCUACCUCCUCACCCCAUUAAACCAAUGGCUUCUUCAACUCCUGA